UAUGCUGGCCUCAUAAGAAAAUGAUGUAACACAACAACUUUCAAACAAAAAAACUAAAUCAAUCCAGCAUGGUUUCGGCUGCUAUCACGUGCUACCUGGUAAGUCUCUAGCGCAUCAUACAAAAGAUGUGAAAUCAAGAGGGAAUAUUUUUUUUUUGUUUUGUUCACUAUUCUGGUUUGGAGUUUGGUUUUGACAUCUAACCGAGAUACGGAAGAAUGAAGCUCCUAACUAGGUAUUCUUAAUUAACAAGUGGUUCCAACUCCUUCCGAUCGCAGUCAUGAGUAGUUACUAGUUACUACUAAGUAAAGAAGAAGGAUUGCAAUGCAUUGCGGCAGUAACUAUAGUGAAACUCAACUAUAAAGACAAGUGAGUAAAUAAAGUCUAAUUACAUUACAAGAUCGUUUAUCUACGCAUUCCAUUCUAUUCCAUCGUGUGUGUGAGUGUGAGAGAAGAAUAGAAAGAAAGAAGAAACCGUAACAUCAACUGCCAACAAAUCAACCACCAUGCCAUCUCCUUCUCGCGGCCGCCGUUUCUUUCUGUCGGUGCUGUUGGUGCUACUCUUCUUUGUAACUGCAUCCGCCUCUGACGAUGUCAAACGCGAUGAUGACAGGGCACCCAAGUCCAAAUCCUGCAAUAACCCCUUCCAAUUGGUUAAGGUCAAAAACUGGGUCGACGGUGACGAAGCUAUUACUCAUAGCGGCAUGACCGCUAGAUUCGGUUCUUCCUUGCCAGAAAAGGCAGACAAUAGUGUCAGAACUCGUGUUCUUUUCUCUAAUCCAACUGAUUGUUGUUCUCCUUCAACUUCUCAGUUAUCUGACUCUGUUGCUUUAUGUGUUCGUGGGGGUUGUGAUUUCCAAAUCAAAGCUACAAUUGCGCAGUCUGGGGGCGCUACUGCUGUCUUGAUCAUAAAUGACGAAGAGGAUCUCGUUGAGAUGGUUUGCUCAGAUACCACCGAGGCAAAUAUUUCAAUUCCAGUUGUGAUGAUAACAAAAUCAGCAGGAGAAGCUCUUAACGCAUCUUUAACAACUGGGAAGAGAGUGGAAGUUUUGUUGUAUGCACCGCCUCGACCACUUGUAGACUUCUCAGUUGCAUUUUUGUGGUUGGUGUCUGUUGGAACAAUUGUAUGUGCUUCACUAUGGUCAGACAUAACUACUCCAGAGAAGUCUGGUGAACGCUAUAAUGAAUUGUAUCCCAAGGAAUCUCAAAAUGCUGCAGCAGCAAGAGGUGGUUCUGAUAAGCAAGUUGUUAACAUUAAUUCAAAGGCUGCUGUCAUAUUUAUCAUAUCAGCAUCUACCUUUCUUGUUCUCCUGUUCUUCUUCAUGUCAUCUUGGUUUUUGUGGUUGCUCAUUGUACUUUUCUGCAUUGCUGGUAUUGAGGGGAUGCACAAUUGUAUUACAACCCUCACUUUAAGGAAAUGGGAAAAUUGUGGUGAGAAGACUGUGAAUGUACCUCUAUUCGGAGAGACUUCUAUUUUCUCGCUGGUAGUGUGUUUAUUCUGUUUUGCAUUUGCGGUUUUCUGGGCUUCUACUCGACAUGCAUCUUAUUCGUGGAUUUUCCAAGACACUCUUGGAAUCUGUUUGAUAAUAACAGUCUUGCAGGUGGCUCAAUUACCCAAUAUUAAGGUUGCGACUGUACUCCUUUCUUGUGCUUUUGCCUACGACAUCUUUUGGGUGUUUAUAUCUCCGUUGAUAUUCCAUGAAAGCGUCAUGAUUGCAGUUGCUAGAGGUGACAAGGCUGGUGGUGAAGCACUUCCUAUGCUUUUGAGAUUUCCUCGUUUUUUUGAUACAUGGGGUGGUUACGAGAUGAUUGGGUUUGGAGAUAUUAUCUUUCCUGGUUUGCUUGUUUCCUUUGCUCAUAGACUUGACAAAGAUAAUAAGAAGGGGGCAUUAAAUGGAUAUUUUCUUUGGUUGGUAAUUGGCUAUGGCGUCGGCCUCAUUUUCACAUAUUUGGGGCUAUAUCUGAUGGACGGAAAUGGACAACCUGCACUCCUCUACCUUGUUCCAUGCACACUAGGUGUCAUUAUCAUACUGGGAUUUGCAAGAGGUGAGCUGAAAAGCCUUUGGAAUUAUGGCACAGAUUCGUCCUUGUCCACAGAGCCUGCAGAUUCAGAAGUUUAAGUGAUCACACUAUAGUACAUUCUUUGAAAAUUGAAGAAAUUGAAAUGAUCGCAGCUCAAUGGUACGGAAUAAUUGCAGUGAUUAGGACAAGCACCAGGUGUACAGGCUCCAUAACUAUCGUUGUGCUCCAUCGUCGUAGUUCUCUUGUAAAAAGAAGGAAAAACAGAAGGAGAACCCAGGCAACUCAUCGUUUUUCUUUUUUAGAUUUCUGUCAAUUGCUUGUGCAACUAAAAUUUGAUGAUUAUUGAUGCAUGCACCUUACAAGUAUAUAAGGAUACAGUAAGAGUUUCGUUUUGUUAAGUUUUUACAAUAUUCUUGAACUUUCUAAACCAAAUGCUUUUUGUUGAAAAAAGCUGUAUGACUUUUUAAGUUGUUUUUACUAAAUAGGUUGUUUGAUUUCUGACA